AUGAUUGUACAGUUGAUGAACCUUAAGGAGACGGAGCUCUGCCUUGGCCUUCCCGGUGGCGCUGAAACCGUGGAGAGUCCGGCCAAGUCAGGAGUGGGGAACAAGAGAGGCUUCUCUGAGACAGUUGAUCUCAAACUCAAUCUUCACUCUAAGAAACAAGAACCUAUGGAUCUCAAUGUCGCCGGAACUUCCAUGGAGAAGACUCUCCUCAAAGAUCCUGCUAAGCCUCCUUCUAAAGCACAAGUGGUAGGUUGGCCACCGGUAAGGAACUACCGGAAGAAUAUUAUGGCUCAUCAGAAGAAUAGUGAGGCAGAGGAGGCAAUGAGCAGCGGUGGAGGAGGAGGAACCGUCGCCUUUGUGAAGGUUUCUAUGGACGGAGCUCCUUAUCUUCGAAAAGUUGACCUCAAGAUGUACAAUAGCUACAAGGAUCUUUCUGACGCAUUGGCCAAAAUGUUCAGCUCCUUUACCAUGGGGAGUUAUGGAGCACAAGGAAUGAUAGAUUUCAUGAACGAGAGUAAAGUGAUGGAUCUGUUGAACAGUUCUGAGUAUGUUCCAAGCUACGAGGACAAGGAUGGUGAUUGGAUGCUCGUUGGUGAUGUUCCCUGGCCCCCCAAGGGCAAUGGAGAAGUGCAAGAACAGAUCCUGAACAAAACAUGA